AUGAUGAGGUCCCUUGUUUGGGUCCCUUAACUCGCAGAAUUUUUAAUAAGGAUCUCUUGUUCAGACAGAAGAGUUUCACAGCAGCUGCUGAUUUUAACUAUGUCAUUUCUCCGGACUCUUGUCAACAGUUCUGUCAUCGUUCAUCCUCCAGGCUUCUACAUCAUCGGAUUUCAGUCUUUUGCAUCUGCGAACGUCUUCUUCAUCUUUUUGGCGUUUGUUUAUGUAGUCACAGUGCUGUUUAACGGUUUACUGAUUAUCAUUGUGGUUAUUAAUCCAUCCUUACACACUCCAAAAUUUCUGGCUGUCAUCAACCUUGCAGUGGUGGAUUUAUGCUUUACUACAUGCACCAUUCCUGGCAUGAUUAAGACAUUUCUUUUUAAGGUUAAUUUUGUUCCAUUCAACUCGUGUCUGGUGCAGAUGUAUUUUUAUUAUGUCUUUGCUCCUUUGGAGUCCUAUGCGCUCAUGAUUCUGGCCUAUGACAGAUUGGUGGCGAUUUGUUUCGCUCUGCGCCACAACUCCAUCAACACAAUACGAAGCAUGUGCUGCAUCAUCAGCAUCACCUGGUGUUAUAAUCUGGGAGCGACGGCCUAUUCUGUGUCUUUGAUGACAAGACUGUCGUUUUGCAACUCUGUCACAGUGUUUAGUUAUUUCUGCGAUUAUGCGCCCGUGUACAGGCUUGCCUGCAAUGAUAACUCAAUGCAGUGGUUUGCAGGUACGUUUUUUAGUUAUUUGAACAUUUUAGUGCCUCUUUCUUUCAUUGUGGUGUCUUACAUAAGCAUCCUGCUGACUGUGUUCAAAAUGAAAACUAAUCGAGUAAAGACCUUGGCUACUUGUGCUGAACACAUCAUCCUUGUUGCAGUGUUUUACAUUCCCUUUUUUGUGAUCUACACACUCGGUUUUUAUUUGGGCCCGGUUAAUCCAGACCUGCGAGUUCUGUGUCUGUCAUUGGCCUCCUGCCUCCCGCCUUGCAUCAAUCCUAUUGUGUAUUCUUUGAAAACUAAAGAGAUUAAAACUCGAGCUUUGGCACUGAUUAGACAAAGUAAACGAAGCGUUCCUACUAAUUCUGAAAGAAUUAUUGUGGUGCUCAAAACAAGGAAAUAAUACAUUACUUUUAAGGUGAGAGGUUUAAAAUAACUAUGUUAUUACAACAUGUGUCUAAAGUUUUUAUGUCUUAUGUCAUAUAAAAAAAGUUUUUGUUAUCUACUGCAUACCCCAGAUUCUUUAAACUCUGAUAUUUUAGACAAUGUCAAAAAUGCAUUAUUGAUAGUUGCAGCUUAUUUUAGUGCAUAUAUGUAUAUAUACUUAUAUGCAACUAAAAAUCAAUGGAUCUUUUUUUGUUGUUGUUGAAUGAGAGACAAUUAUUUGUUAACUUCUGUUUUACCUGACAAAAUUGUAUUUUCGUAAAAAAAAUAAAAAUAAAUAAAUAAUAAAAAAAAAUACUUUCUCAAAUUUUCUAAAGAAUUUUAAUUUAAACUUCAUUUUCCACUUUAAACUAAAACAUUUUCACACUUUACUGAAAGAUCUGUAUUUGAAGUGCUGAAGCUUAGUAUAAUUACUGUAUUUACUCACUACUUUUUCUUAGGAACCGUUAAUAAAAUGUGUUUUGCUAUUCUUACAUAUUUCUAUGUGGUUUGUGGAGCCUUUGAGAAAUAAUAUUUAGUCUUUCAGUGUCCUAAAUUUCUGUACUGAGAAACAAAAGAAUGUAAUUUUUUCUUUUUUUAGGAUUAUUUGUACUUGGAAGCUGUUAUUGAAAUGUAUUUUGGAGCAUCUGUGUUUUU